ACCCAUGGAGGCACAAAAUAGCAAAAUACAGACACUCCCAGUAUCUUCUUUGCUUCCUGAUUCAUCUCUCUGCCGCAACCAUGAGGUUUUCGAAGCUCCGCACCUUCCAAAUCCCAGGUACGGCGUCGUUUCGAUGCAGAUUCAUCGUCACCACUUGCAGAGCUGUUGUCUUGCCCCGUUUCGGAGGACCGCACGUGCUGGAGCUUCGACCCGAUGCCCCUGUUCCGGAUCUCAAGCCCACUGAGGUUCUCGUUAGAACUCGCGCCGUAUCCAUUAAUCCGCUUGAUACUAGAAUGCGAUCAGGCUAUGGUCGUUCCAUAUUUGGACCACUUUUGCCACUCAUAUUGGGUCGUGAUAUUAGUGGUGAAGUUGCAGCCACUGGAGCGUCAGUCCGGUCAUUAUCUGUUGGACAGGAGGUCUUUGGUGCACUGCAUCCCACUGCUGUGAGGGGUACUUAUGCUGACUAUGCAAUUCUUUCAGAAGAUGAACUUACUUCAAAGCCAGUAUCAAUUUCCCAUGUGGAAGCAAGUGCGAUUCCUUUUGCUGCACUGACUGCAUGGCGUGCUCUAAAGAGUACUGCUAGAAUAGCUGAGGGACAAAGGAUACUAAUUGUGGGUGGAGGAGGAGCAGUAGGCUUUGCUGCAAUUCAGCUCUGUGUAGCUACAGGGUGCCAUGUUUCUACCACUUGCGGAAGCCAAAGCUUGGCAUGGAUAUUGGCUGCUGGUGCCGAGCAGGCUGUUGACUAUACUUCCGAGGACAUUGAAUCAGCAUUAAAAGGGAACUUCGAUGCUGUUUUGGAUACAAUUGGUGUUCCAGAUACAGAAAGAGUAGGAAUUAAUCUUUUGAAGCGAGGUGGACACUAUAUGACUUUGCAGGGAGAGGCAGCAUCCCUGAGUGAUAGGUAUGGACUAGCUGUUGGGCUUCCAGCAGCUACGGCCAUGUUACUGAAGAAACAACUGCAAUACCGAUUUUCCCAUGGAAUAGAGUAUUCUUGGACAUACAUGAGGGCCGACUCCGAAGGUUUAUACGAGAUCUGCAAGCUAUCUGAAGCUGGGAAGCUUAAAAUACCUGUGGAGAAAACAUUUCCCAUAACACAAGUGAGGGAGGCUCAUGAGGCGAAGGACAACCGGCAGAUUCCUGGUAAGGUAGUUCUGGAACUUGAUUGAAGAUGGGAACUCACUGAUUGCAAAUCGAUGCCGUCAGUUACUGGAAUCAUCAACAAAUGACCUUAAAGGCAUUCCUUUGAAGUUCUCCCAACUGUUAUUUGGAGAGGAGGUGCUUCACAUGUUGGUUUCUUUAUACAAUAAACACAACCAUUUUUGUACAGGAAAAAGUAACAGUUGUUCUUUUUUGGGACAGAAGCUUUUAAUAAUCAAUUUUUACAGGGUGUAAA